AUGAAAAUUUUUGCUUGCGUCUUGGUUGCUUUAAUAGCAAUAGCGGCACCCACACAAGCUUUCUUUGGUGGAAAGUUAGCAUUGUUGGGUGGUUUAAAAGGUGGAAAUAAUAAUGGUGUUAGAUAUGGUGGUUAUAGUGGAUAUAGUGGUUAUGGAAGUGGUGCAUACAGCGGUGGUUACAAUCAAGGAUAUUAUUAUGGAGGUCCACAAUAUCGUACAAUUUAUAAUGGAAAUAGUGGUUACAGUUACGGUGGUGGUUAUGGAUAUGGAAGUGGAUAUGGUGGUGAAAGAGUAGUAAAAAUUAUUAAAGUUGUUGUACCCAAUGAACAACCACGAUAUGCAUCUAGUUAUUCUUCUGGCUAUUCAUCUGGAUGGACACCUGUAGUUGCACCAGUACAAGUUUCUGCUCCUGCACCUAUUCAAAGUACCUCCUAUGUUGCAACAGCACAAGCUUUACCUGCACCAACACAAGUUCGUUCUUUCGUACAAAGUACUCCAAUACAAAUACAAGCACAACAGCCAGUUGUUCAAGUUCCAGCACCACAACCUGUUGUUGUAGAACAACCACAGCCUGUAGUACGUGUAGCCACUGCCAUAUCUGCUCCAGUUCAAGUACCAGCACCACAACCAAUAGUACAGUAUGCCCAACCAAUACAAGUACCAGCUCCACAGCCUGUUAUUGUACAGCAAGCUCAACCAGUUGUCCAAGUUCAAGCUCCUCAACCUGUUAUUGUCCAACAAUCACAGCCCGUUGUUCGUGUAGUUCAAGCAAUUCCUGCUCCUGUUCAAGUACCAGCCCCAAAACCAAUAUUAGUACAACAACCACCACAGCCCGUUGUUCAAGUUCAAGCACCUCAACCUGUUGUUGUACAACAGCCACAGCCCGUUGUUCGCAUAGCUACUGCUCCAGUUCAAGUACCAGCACCACAACCAAUAGUACAGUAUACUCCACCAGUACAAGUACCAGUACCACAACCUGUAGUUGUACAGCAAACUCAGCCGGUUGUACGCGUUUCAACUCCAGUGAUCAAUAUUCCACAACCAGCUCCACAACCAAUAUCAUACCAACCUGUACCACAACAAAAUCAGAUUGUGAAGACAGUUAAAUUAAUUUUCGAUGAAUCUUCUGAUGUCAACCAAGGUAGCUAUGGUGGUUCAUUGAGUGAGACCUAUGGUCCACCACCACUACCCGCUGUUAGUUACAAUAGCAACGUAGGAUCCAGCUGGUCAAAUGGUUGGAACAACGUUGGCUGUUAA